CCAAUAGACUCUCCCGAGGAGAGAGUCAACUCACACACUUAUUGUUCAAAAGGUAAUGAAUUUAAAGAGUUGAUGUUAUGAUGUAAUAAACGUGUAACGAAUUGUUUAAAUUAUAGUACUGUAUAUAUUAAAAUUGGUAUAUUUGCUUUCUUUUUGACAAAUCUUCCCCUUCUCUUCUCGAUAAUUCCUCCACCGGCUCUACCAACCUUAACCUGCUCUAUCGUCAACCGAUAAAAGACUGCAUAUGUGUUCUCUUCUCAGACAACCCGCUGACAUUUGUUUUCAUCCUUCGCACCGCCUAAUAUACCCAAUUCAGUUUCUCCGCCUAAUCAGUGCUCCAGAUAGCCUUGCAAAGAAAUCUCGGCUUCCAAAUUUGGUUUAUCUAAAAUCAAUUGGACUUCGUGUUUGGCAUCUGGAAACAGGAGUCUUAGAAUAUCCUCUAUGGUUUUUAGUGCGAAGAGGAAUGAUGACAGUCGUUCUGCUUUUUAUUUAUGGGUUUUGUCAUGGAGAACGGUGCAAAGGCUGCAAGCAAAAUACUACAAAUGGUUAUAGUGUACAGGUUGAUAUGUUAUCAGUGAUUUCAUCAGCAGGUAGAGGUGUCACUCUACUCUAUCCUUCCAGCAACAGGUUAUCUAAACCAUGUCCUGUUUCUAUAAUCCCUGAAGUUGAUAUCUACAAAUGGAGAAAACGAAUGUGGAUCAAAAUACGUUGGCGUGAAGAAAGCUUUGGUGUUCGACCUCCAAAGGGGGUUAAAACCGAUUGGAUUAUGCAUGAGUAUCGAUUGAAAGAGUCUCGAUCACAACCCACUAAGAAACUCAGAUCACUGAGGGAGAAUUUGUAGGUUAUUCUGCAUCGGCAAAUAUAUUAAUGGAGUAUGUGUUAUCGGAUGUUGCAAUUACAAGAAGUUUCACUGAGUAUCCGUGUACUACUUUUGGACAGGAAGAUCCAAACGCAUGUCGGGUUGAAUUAGAUGGGUUAAUGGAAGGUUACAUGGAUCCAACCGUUU